ACCCACGGGUAGGGAAACGGGCUCCGGUAGGCUGUGCUGCCCUCGGAGGCCUGCGCUCCGCCUUCUGAGCCGAAGGUCCCACUCGCUUACCUCCCGGAGCCUGCUCGAUCCGGAGACCGUGACGACUGUUCUCUGCCUUGGAGAAAUACUUGGGUGAACCAGUCAACUAGAAUGGAAGGCCAGCAACUGUGCAUAGGUGAAAGGGUGACCUCUCUUAACCUGUUUGUCACUCACGCCUUUGGGGAUAGGACGUGAGAAGCCAGAACAGUUAGAGUUUGAUAGUAGGAGAGGCAAAACAAACAAACGAAAGAAAACGUUUGCCAAGGUACCUUGUCACUAGCUCGAAUUGUUAUGAACUGCAAUUUACUCUAGCUUUUAAAACUUCAACUGGUGAGAUGGCUCAUCGCUUUUGCUUGAGCUUGACAGCCCGAUUUCAAUCUCCAGAACCCACAUAUUGAAAGAAAAGAGCUGAAUCCCAUAAGUUGUCCUCUGAUCUCCACUUGUGACAUGCAACAUGUGUGCACCCAUACAUGUACACACACAUAAAAUACAUGUUUUUUUUAAAUUUUUAAGUAGCUCCUAUUUUAUAGAGAUAUUGGUAGAUAGAGCUGCAGCGUACUCGAUACAAAGAAGGGGCUUAAGAGGUAGGCCUGUUUUCCUGGGUCUGUAAGUGUUUAAAAAUCACUGGAGCAUUAAAAUCUCAGACUUUCGGUGCUUUGCUGACCUCUUUCAGGCCUCCUCAUCAAUUUAAAUCUACUACUCCAUAAGACACAGGCCCAAAAGGAAAUGCCCACAUUUUCAAUGUCUCCCAAAGGACACAGUGAUAGUGGCAUUGCUGGUGAGAUUUGGCAAGGUAUAAUAAACAGGCUGUCUUGCUAUUCUCUCUGCAGUUGACACCUAAAUAGCACUUGCUUACCUAACUCCAGAAUAGGACAAACUGUAGUCUCAGAGCCUUGACAAAUAAGAUCAAACUUUUAGUGUAUCUUGAAGUGAUUAUAUCUAAAAAUCUUGGCUAGAUAUUUUGGUAUAUGCCUAUAUUCCCAGCACUCAGGAGUUAAAGGCAGGAAGAUCAAGAGUUCAAGGCCAUCCUGGGCUACAAAGUGAACUUGAGGCCAGCACUGGCUACAUGAGGCUCUGUGUCAAUGCCCAAUCUCUCUCCACACACACAAAGCAAAAAACGAGUCAGCACUGACAGUUGUGUUGAGCUACAGAGAAGACGUUUCUAAGCUUUUCUCCUGCUGUUGUCUUGGGUGUGGGUGCUGCAGUCUGUGUCCCUGACAGCCUGGAGCAGGAAUGAAGACCGUGCUCAUGGUAGCAGAAAAGCCAUCCCUGGCACAGUCCAUCGCCAAAAUCCUCUCCCGAGGGAACAUGUCCUCACACAAAGGGCUGAAUGGGGCAUGUUCAGUGCACAAGUACACAGGAACCUUUGCUGGCCAACCUGUCCACUUCAAGAUGACAUCUGUCUGUGGUCAUGUGAUGACCCUGGAUUUUCUGGGAAAGUACAACAAGUGGGAUAAGGUGGAUCCUGCAGAGCUAUUCAGCCAAGCUCCAACAGAGAAAAAGGAAGCUAACCCCAAGCUGAACAUGGUCAAGUUCCUGCAGGUGGAGGGCAGAGGCUGUGACUACGUCGUGCUGUGGCUGGACUGUGACAAGGAAGGCGAGAAUAUUUGCUUUGAGGUCCUUGAUGCCAUUCUGCCGGUCAUGAAUAUUGCCCACAGUGGUGAGAAGACAGUGUUCCGGGCCAGGUUCAGUUCCAUCACCGACACAGACAUCUGUAGUGCCAUGACACGCCUGAGUGAGCCAGACCACAAUGAGGCACUGUCAGUGGAUGCCCGCCAGGAGCUAGACCUGCGCAUUGGCUGUGCAUUCACCAGGUUCCAAACAAAGUAUUUCCAGGGAAAAUAUGGAGAUUUAGACAGCUCUCUCAUCUCCUUUGGGCCGUGUCAGACUCCUACCCUGGGAUUCUGUGUAGAAAGACAUGAUAAAAUCCAGUCCUUCAAACCAGAGACCUACUGGGUACUACAGGCCAAGGUUCAUACCAAUAAAGAGGAGUCUCUCCUUUUGGACUGGGACCGAGUUAGAGUAUUUGACCGGGAGAUUGCCCAGAUGUUUUUAAACAUGACAAAGCUAGAGAAAGAAGCUCAGGUGGAGGCUACAAGCAGGAAAGAAAAGGCCAAGCAGAGACCACUUGCCCUGAACACUGUGGAGAUGCUUCGUGUGGCCAGCUCAGCUCUGGGUAUGGGACCACAACAUGCCAUGCAGAUAGCUGAGAGGUUAUACACACAGGGCUACAUCAGCUACCCACGGACAGAAACCACUCACUACCCCGAGAACUUUGACCUUAAGGGUUCUCUGCGACAGCAGGCCAACCACCCUUACUGGGCAGACACGGUAAAACAAUUGUUAGCAGAAGGCAUUGACCGCCCACGGAAAGGCCAUGAUGCUGGUGACCAUCCUCCCAUCACACCUAUGAAGUCAGCUACAGAGGCUGAAUUAGGGGGUGACGCGUGGCGACUGUACGAGUACAUCACCAGACAUUUCAUUGCCACAGUGAGCCAUGACUGCAAGUAUCUUCAGAGCACUAUCUCCUUCAGGAUCGGGCCUGAACACUUUACAUGCUCAGGAAAGACAGUCAUCUCCCCAGGCUUCACAGAGAUCAUGCCUUGGCAGAGCGUGCCCCUGGAGGAGAGUCUGCCCACAUGCCAGAAGGGUGACACCUUCACUGUGGGUGAGGUGAAGAUGCUGGAGAAGCAGACAGGUCCACCAGACUAUCUGACUGAGGCUGAGCUCAUCACACUCAUGGAGAAGCACGGGAUCGGGACUGAUGCCAGUAUCCCUGUGCACAUCAACAACAUCUGCCAGCGCAACUAUGUCACUGUAGAGAGUGGCCGCCGGCUCAAGCCCACCAACCUUGGAAUUGUCCUGGUACAUGGUUACUACAAGAUUGAUGCAGAGCUGGUACUCCCUACCAUCCGCAGUGCAGUGGAGAAGCAGUUGAACCUGAUUGCCCAGGGCAAAGCCGACUACCACCAGGUCCUGGGCCACACCCUGGAUGUCUUCAAGAGAAAGUUCCACUACUUUGUUGAUUCUAUUGCUGGCAUGGACGAGCUGAUGGAGGUAUCCUUUUCACCCCUGGCUGCCACAGGCAAGCCCCUCUCACGUUGUGGGAAGUGCCAUCGAUUUAUGAAGUAUAUCCAGGCCAAGCCAAGCCGCCUGCAUUGCUCCCACUGUGAUGAGACCUACACCCUCCCCCAAAAUGGUACCAUCAAGCUCUACAAGGAGCUGCGGUGCCCACUGGAUGACUUUGAACUAGUCCUGUGGUCCUCAGGCUCCCGGGGCAAGAGCUACCCACUAUGUCCCUACUGCUAUAACCACCCGCCCUUCCGAGACAUGAAGAAAGGCAUGGGCUGCAAUGAGUGCACACACCCUACCUGCCAGCACUCACUGAGCAUGCUGGGCAUUGGCCAGUGCGUGGAGUGUGAGAAUGGAGUCCUGGUUCUGGACCCUACCUCCGGUCCCAAGUGGAAGGUGGCCUGCAAUACAUGCAGUGUGGUGGCACACUGCUUUGAAAAUGCUCACCGAGUACGGGUAUCUGCUGACACCUGCAAUGCCUGCGAGGCUGCCUUGCUUGAUGUAGACUUCAACAAAGCCAAGUCUCCCCUUCCUGGCAACGAGACACAGCACACAGGCUGCAUCUUCUGUGACCCCGUCUUCCAGGAGCUGGUGGAGCUGAAACAUGCAGCCUCCUGCCACCCCAUGCACCGAGGUGGUCCUGGAAGGAGGCAGGGUCGUGGGCGGGCCCGGGGCCGGAGGCCUCCAGGAAAGCCUAACCCCAGGCGGCCAAAAGACAAGAUGUCAGCCCUGGCUGCCUACUUUGUAUGAUAACCCAUCUUCCCUCAUUCCAGCUCCAGUUUGGUGUAGACACAUCAUGGUGGUUCUUUAAGCCACUGAAACCAUUAAAAUGCUUUUUAUUUUGUA